AUGGAUCGCACCGGAGCUGUUCCAGAGGGAGAAUGGAGCUCUCACUCUCUUGGUGGGAUGUUCACUGGUGAUCAGCAGGAGGCAGAUUUCAUGAUGAUCCAGUUGCUUGAGAAUUACCCAAAUAUUCCAGACAUGGCAAUCCCGGAUGAUUUUUGGCCUGGCAAUGAAGAAUCAACAUUGAUGAAUAUUUCAAGCAACUAUGGGAGUCCAGAUUAUUCUUUAGAAAGUACUUACUCUCUUUUGAACGACAGUUCACAAGAGACUGAUCUAUUUUCCACUUCAACCGAUCGAUUCUACAACUUGAGCGGUUCUCGCCCAAUGACUUCGGUAACAAGGAAUGUUAACGGCAACGACAAUUCUAUAUCUAAUGACUUCUGUGCUGAGGAGGCGAUAGACGUCACUAGUUUGUAUCUCAUUCAAGAAGAAGGUGAUGUGAGCAUUGACGGCAAUGUGGAAGAGCCCAGCAGGUACCAGCGUGAUGAACCAGCCAGCAUUGAUCAUGAAAAAAGUAACACCAGCAGCUCCAAGAUUAGUUCUAUGAAGAGACCAAAAGCCUCCGAAAAUGAUCAAAUGAAUAAGAGGAGCAGAAAGUCUAAGAAGAGCUGCAACAACGAAGAAGAUGGGAAUCAUAUUGAUAAUGCUUCUCAGCUUCAGCCUAGUGGAGGGAUUACUGAGGCUGCAUCUCUCAACUUGAAUGGAAAGACAAGAGCUACUAGGGGGUCUGCCACCGAUGCCCAAAGUGUCUAUGCAAGGAGAAGAAGAGAGCGAAUAAACGAAAGGCUCAAAGUCCUGCAAAACCUUGUCCCCAAUGGAAGAAAGGUUGAUAUUAGCACAAUGCUUGAGGAAGCUGUCAAUUAUGUGAAGUUCUUGCAACUCCAAAUUAAGAUGUUAAGCUCGGACGAUAUGUGGAUGUAUGCUCCCAUUUGUUACAAUGGAAUGUUCUUCGGGCUUGAUGGAGAUGAGUCUUCCCACGCUAGAUCAAUGUUAGAAUUGAAAGAUAACAUACAAAAGAGAUUAUGA